AUGAUGAUGAUGAUGCGGUCCUGCCUCGGCGGCGGCCUGCCGGUGGUGGUCAUGCUCUGCCUCAACGUGGUGGCGGCGGUCAUGGUGUCGCUCGUCAAGGUGGCCAUGAACGGCGGCAUGAACCCGCUCGUCAUCGUCACCCUGCAGCAGCUCACCGCCGCCGUCUUCCUCGCGCCAAUCGCAUUCUUCAAGGAGAGGAAGUCGAGGCCGAAGCUGACGCUGGAGAUCUUCGCCUACAUCUUCGUCAGUGCGGCGCUCGGGGCAGCUCUGCGUCAGUACAUGAUCUUCGUGGCCCUGCGCUACACCACGGCCACCUUCGUGACAGCCUUCUCCAACAUCGCCCCCGUUCUCACUUUCCUCCUCGCCGUCGCCACGCGGUCAGAGGCGCUGGACCUCAAGAGCAGGACGGGCAUGGCGAAGCUGCUGGGCACGCUGGUGUCCCUGGCCGGCGCCAUGGUGCUCACCAUCUACAAGGGCGUGGCGCUCACCCACGCGGCGGCGGCCUCGCACCAGCAGUCCCACCGGCCGACGCACGCCGCCGCGGACGACGCCGCCAGCCGCGGCAAGUGGACGCUGGGCACCGUGGCCAUCCUGGGCAACUGCGUCUGCCUCUCCUGCUGGUUCCUGCUCCACGGCCGGCUCGCCAAGAAGUACCCGCACGUCUACUCCUGCAACGCGCUCAUGUCCCUGUUCAGCUUCCUCCAGGUCGCCGUCGUCGGCCUCUGCACCCAGCGCAGCAUCUCCCCCUGGAUCAUCACCAGCAAGUUCAACAUCCUCACCGUCCUAUACGCCGGCAUCGUCGGCUGCGGCGUCUCGUUCGUGCUGGUGACAUGGUGCAUAGAGAAGAGGGGAGCCGUGUUCGUGGCCGCCUUCAUACCGGUGGUGCAGAUCAUCGUCUCCGUCAUCGACUUCUCCAUCCUGCACGAGCAGCUCUACCUCGGAAGUGUGCUGGGAUCAGUGCUAGUGAUAGGUGGCCUGUACCUUCUGCUGUGGGGCAAGAGGCAGGAGGCCCUGCACUGUCCUCCUCCUCCAAAGGUUGCCGAAGAAGACGCUGCUGACAAAGAGCAGCAGCAAGUGCAGCACAACUGA